AGAGUUUAUAGGGUUCCGCUAGAAUAUAUGAUAAAAAAUGUGAUUAUGUUUUUGGUUUUCGAUUGUUUGUGAUAGUUUGUAGUGGUAAAGGAAACAAAUAAGAAGCAUUCGUUAAAUAGGAAACUUUAAACAGAUUCUUAUACAUAUAAGAUGGAAGCGUUUUCUCAGGAAAUACAAAAGUAUUUGAUGAAAAUGGAGCAGAGACAUGGUAAACUACGAUUUCUCUCGUCUCGAGCAACAGAAGAGACUUCACACACCAUUAACGAGAUAGUAGAAACCAUCUCUAGCAUCUUUCAAAAGCACAAAAUGCAUCUAAUGCAAAACGAAAUAAGUAAUCCUAGGAAUGAAAAGUAUUAUAUUACGCUAAACGUUGCUUGCGGUUACAACUGGCUUUUGUUGAAUACGUAUUUCAAAGUACAAACUUUCCUCACGGAGGACGUGCGAUAUGGUCACAUGGUUGGACAGUGGCCCCCAUUAUCACCGUAUCUCUUUAUACAGAUAAUAUGGAGCUUCAAGUAUGAGAUGAUACUGGCCGAAUCAUUGAUGUACAUACCUUUGGAUCUGUGCGUAGAGAUCUUGGAGAUAGUAGUCAAGUGCAUUCCUGAGCUGGAAUACAAACGAGCGAAGCAUCUGAUCAUACAAUUGACCAGCAACAUAUACAAAAGGUGCCUACAGUUGCACAAGACACGAUCAUCAAAGGAAAAUGGGAGGGAAUACGCAUGGCAAUUAGUCGCGUAUUUUCAAAUGUUGCUGGACCCGCUGACUGACUUGAGGAGAACUCGUUUCUCCAUGCUACCCAUCGUACCCGAGACGAUGUACGAGGAGCAUGGCAUUCUCAUAAAGACGUUGCUUCGCCACACCAAGAACUGUAUAUGCAUGCAAGGAGUAACAAACGAGGACAGCACUUCGGCGACAUUUUUUACCCUCGGCUUGCGCAGAUAUGAAGACACGCUUCCUGUUGAGGAUAUAAAGGUCAUUACGCAGAAGCUGGCACAGGAAUUAAUCGCCGUGUUGUUGAACCAGAUUAAGAAGGUCGACUGUCACGAGUACUUCUACUGGGCGGAAGUCGAUGACACGGAUAACUUUGCGAUCUCGUUGCAGCGUGCAAUUGCUAUUGAAUGCCAGGACUUUAUAGACUUCAUGAAGCGAGAUAUCUUCCCGGAAAGGAAUGACCAUUUGGAGGAAUGCUUGAAGCAAUUCGCGGGAGAUCGGCAAGCGACCGAGUCCGUUUUCACUAUUCAAGAAUUGCGUUAUUGCAUCGUUAAUGGCAAACUGGAAUAUUUUAAAGAACUGAUGGAUCGCUACAAGGAGUGGGACGAAUCUGUAUUGGAUUUUCUUGAAGAGCACAUGCAAUUGUGCGUCGCGCAUAUGACGAAAUACAAUACGAGCACCUUAUUGGAAUAUGUUUAUGUAUUUACCACGCAGAAUCUCUGGUCGAAAUUGUACUCGAGUUUUAUUUUGAAGUCGGUGCUGAGAAUAUUAUCGACAGUGAACGUAAUGGAAUUCUAUUGCAUCGUAUUGCGAUACGCGAUAAAGCAUGUACACGACAAUCCUCUCACGGAAUUGUACAGCGAGAAGGCCUUCAUGCAAUUUGUAGCGUCUAAUAAAAACAUAUGUGAACAUCACAUGAUGCGUUACGUUCUAGAAAACUUUCUGCUGAAUACGAAAGCAGUAACGCUCACCCUGACGAAAAUUCUGAUUGGCAACGUGCAAGUCGAUCAUCCUCUGUUCACAACGAAGAAGAUAGUGGCACUGCAAUCGUUUUUUUCAAAAUCAAAGUGAACAAUGAGUAUAACGUACUGAUAUCGUGCCUAAAAAAAAUUGUUUGCAUAACAAAUCCCUCGUGGAAUUCUAAGAGGUUCA